AUGGACGGUCCUGAUUCGUCCGCCCGAGCAAUCUGCACCGCUGGAUCAUCAACGCCACCAACGCCAUGGCUCCCCCCGUUUUUUAAUCUUGGAAUGGAGUCUGAAAAUGGGGCUAUAGUUGAGGAUGAAAAAAGAGUUGUGUUUGAGAACUCUAAUGGAGGAGGGGCGAUUCUGGAAGUAUUAAACAAGGAUGAAACUGAAUUAUCCAAAGAUGUUGUAAUAAAGGUUAAAGGAUCAAAUGAGGGUACCAAAAAUCCCACCACCAAAGGCAAGAAUAAGCUCGAUUCGAAAGGGUCGGCCGUGUUUGGCCGCACCGCGAAACCGACAUUGUCCCAGAGCAUCUCGUUCCCCGCCAGAGGUGCAAUUGUAAGGAAAUCCGAGGCGCAUAAGACGGAAGCCAAACAGGGUCGAAAAGCUGCUGAAAAGGUUUCGAAUGGUAAUGGACAAGUUGUGAAGAGCUCGGGCAAAAGGGCCACCGAACGUGCAACUUCAGCUGCAGUGCCAAACCCGCAUCAAUCUCCAUUUGGAAAGCAUGUGUCACCUGAUGGAACUGCAGCUGGACCAACAUUUGAAGUUUUUAUUGAAAACAAAUUGGAGCCUGAAAACAAUGUAUUGCCUGCAAAGGAAGAAAAUGAGGAGGAUGCUCAUUCCAUUACUUCGUCGACUCUUACUCCACGUGCUGCCCAGCAGAAGGUCAAUGUCUCGACAUUCUCCUUCAGGUUGGAACAACGUGCUGCCAAACGAAAAGAGUUCUUUUCGAAGAUAGAAGAGAAAAUACACGCCAAGGAACAGGAAAAGAGUAAUAUGCAAGCAAAAUCGAAGGAAAACCAAGAGGCAGAAAUAAAGCAACUGAGAAAGAGCUUGACAUUCAAAGCUACACCUAUGCCGAGUUUCUACAAAGAACCUCCUCCAAAAGUUGAGCUGAAGAAGAUACCAACUACUCGUGCAAUAUCCCCAAAGCUCGGGAGGAACAAGGGCAACAUGUCAACGCCUGGCGACUCUCUGGAAAAUGGGGAAUCGUGCGUCAGUCUGAAACUGACCAAAGAAAAUCGCAUUAACUCACUGAAAAUUCCUAAAAUAAACGCCGAAAAGGCGAAUGCUGCUCAAAAGAAGUUACCCAAAAGAAGCUCCCUCUCGAAGCCUCAAAACCGGGAAUCUUCGGUCUCUAGUCAAGCCAAACAAGUUUCGAAAGAAGGCCAAAAGGAGCAAGCUAAUGCGGAAAGCUCGGACGAGAUCAAGGAUCGGCCAUCUUGUGCUCCGGAAAUGGAGGAUCAAAAGCCCGAAGGGCAUGAAAGUAAUUUGGCCGAGUGUAAUGGAUCGCGCCCGAAUUCUGAGGCAUUGAUUGCUGCUGAUGUCACCGCCGAAGGUUGA